GUGAUGGCGGAGCCGGGAGCGGGAACGGAGCGGUGCCCGCACUGCCACAGGGCCUUCAAGCGGCUCCGCGCCCACCUCCCGCACUGCAAGGCCGCCCCGCGGAAAGGACCGGAAUCGGGAUCGGAAACGAGCCUCCGCACGGGCCCCGGCAGCGCACCGGGAUCGACACCGGCACCAGCACCUGGAUCGGCAUCGGGACCGGGAGAGAGGCUCCGCCCGGCCCCCACCACUGCUCCGGGGUCAGCACCGAGCCCGGGUCCCCGCCCGGCCCCCGCCAGCACUUCGGGAUCGGCACCGGGAGCAGGAUCGGCACCGGGAGCGAAAAGGAAAACGAGCCCGGCCCCCGCCACCGCUCCGGGGUCAGCACCGAGCCCGGGUCCCCUCCCGACCCCCGGCCCGGUCACCGGCAGCGUCCCCGGGCCGAGCUCAGCCCCGAGCCCCCGCCCGGCCCCCGGUACCGACCCCGAGCCGGGUCUCGGCGCCCCCAGGACCGGCCGGGAUGUGGAGCCCGCGGUGCAGGACGUGGCCAGAGCCCUGGAUCUGCUCCCCGAGGAGGUGGAAGAUGUCCCCCAGAGGCUGGAGAAUGGAGUGAAGGUGGUGAUCGAGAAGCACCGCGCCAGGGUGGUCAGGGAGAAGAAGCCCAGGAGCGGGGCAGGAGCAGCAGGAGGGACGGAUCCCGGCCGUGCUGCCCACCCACAGCGGGGCAAAACCGCUCCAAAAUCCACACACAAGGAGACUCAGAGCCUGGGGGCUGUGAGGGGCGUGCCCGGGAGCAAAAAGGGAGGAAAAAGCAGCUUAAAGGCAACAAAAGUACUUGAAGAACCCCCCGAGGGCAGAAAUAGCCCCGGUGACCUCGUUCAGCAGGAGAGAACAGACAAAUCCAUGGCAGGAGAGGAGCAGGUGCACCGGGAAGUUGGUGUGGGAUAUAAAGCCCCUGUGUCUGAUUUGCAUCCCAAGAACCUCCAUCUGUCAGUGACGGAGGGUUUGGGAGGUCACAGUGAAGGGCCAUCCAAGAAUGAGCUCAGCAGCCUGGAGAGGCUCAGGGACAGCAGGGAGCAGAUGGUUGGAGUGUCCGAGCCCGUCCUGGGCACAGGGAGAGACCCGGGGCUGGCCCUGCACCAGUCCUGGCUCCACUCUCCCAAAUUCCAGCCCACCUGUUCAUCCCAGGCCUCUGGCAGGAGCACCUGGGCAGGAGCCACAGGCUUGGAGUGGUUUCCAGACUUGUAUCCUGAGCAUGAGGGGCUGAGGAUCUUUCCAGGGAAGCAUUUCCAAGAAGAUGUGGGGAUCACAGUGAAGACACCAAGGGGCAGUUUCUCAGAGGGACACCGAGGUCCCCUCUCGGAGAGGCCCCUGAUGGAGGUGAGGUUGGGGGAGCUGCACUCCUGGAUCAGCACCUGCGACUUCUCUCCCCAGGGACUGCUUGGAGCAGUGCAGAAAGCCUGGAACAGUUAUUAUGCCAAAUACAUCAACGUGAGGAGGGGGGGACACACUGGGGUCUCCAUGCUCCUGACUGGGUACUGCCUGCUCAGCUACAGCUGGAACUAUCAGCACUUCAAGCGUCACCGCUGGCGUAAAUACCACUGAAGGAGCUGGAGCAGCACCCACAGGACGGUCACAGCUCCUUGGGAGGCAGCAGAAGUGCUCACAGCCAGUGUCCCAGCAGAUUCCCAGCACAGAGGCCUGUUUGCUGUCAGGACAGGGGCUGGAAGGUGGGGGGCUGCUUGGCAGGGGCCCUCAUGCAGCAGAGGGGUGACAGUGACAGCCCGUGGUCACCCCUCUGUGGGUCAGGGAGCUUUCAGUAGAGGAAUAAAGAAGCAUUAGAGCUACCCCUGAGAGAUCCAUGUGUGCAGUAGAGCUCUUGGAGUCUGCAGAAUCCCAAAUCCCUCGCUUUGGCACGGCAGACACAGGACAGGCUCCUGCCCUGAGCUGUUAUUAGAGAUUAAUUGACAUUAUGCUGUAGCAGUGAGGUUUGUGGCAGGGUGGGCUUCAAUCCCAAUAACAAUUCCCUUUAAAUUCCCCCGGCAAAGCCCAGUUUAUACUCACCCCUUGUACUGGUGGGACUGGUCAGAACCUUUGUGAAGGCACUAAAGCAGCAGCUCAGACCACAGUGCCCUAUUUCUGGAGGAGAAAAAUCCAUUGUAGGAGUUGUUGUGCCCAAAGGGCAAACCCGUGUCUGCAUCAGACAGACAAGGAGACAGGAGUGCUAGUUGGAGCCUGCCAUUCCCAAGCAUGUCUGGGAAAGGGUUGGUCAUGUUACAGGCAUGAAAAAUAAAGCCAAGAAUUAAAAAUCUGAGCUCUUUAUUCAGCGAGGUGCAGUAGUGCUGUGUCGGAGGUGGUUCACGAGAAAUUCUCUCACCAGCAAUAAAAACCUUUGUGGAUUUUC